GCGUCUUCGGCGACGUACCACAUGGCCAUUGCGGCUAUUUCGUCCGGCCGAGUUACUGUCUCCAAUGUCGGUCGGAAAAGUCUACAAGGAGUUAAUGGGCUGUAGAGUAGAACAAACGGAUCAAAGUACAACCGUCAGUGGCCCGGAGAAGGGGCGGUUGAGCGCCGUCAGCAUCAAUAUGACCGAUAUGACGGACUCUUUUAUGACUGCGGCCGUUCUUUGCGCAGUUGCUGAAGGGACCUCUGCACUGUACGGCAUAGCCAAUCAGAGAUUCAAGGAGAGCAACAGAAUCACCGUCAUGGCGGAAGAACUCCGAAAGCUUGGCGUACACGCGGAAGAACUCCCGGAUGGUCUUGAAAUUACAGGCAGAAACCACGAAGAAUUAAAGGGUUGCGUGGUCAACUGUCACGAGGAUCACCGCAUCGCCAUGAGUUUUGCCGUUCUGGGCUGCUUGGUGAAGGGCGUGAUCCUCAACGACAAAGCAUGCGUAAGCAAGACGUACCCGGAAUUCUGGGACCAUUUGCAGACAUUUUUAGGAGUCGGUCUCGCAGUCCCCGCCUUGCGCCUUGCACCUUGCCUACGAACCAGAAGCGGUCUUUCCCUUAUCCUUAUUGGCAUGCGGGGAGUUGGGAAGAGCCGGCUCGGUGCAACGCUUGCAAAAGAUCUUGGCUUUUCAUUGAUUGACUUGGAUUCUUUCAUAGAAGAGAAGAUCGGCCAGACCAUCCUUGAGUACGUGGUCGAACGUGGUUGGCCUUCUUUCCGGGACUUGGAGCUUUAUUGGUUUAAAACUAUAAUGACCAACCAGCGCUACCAAUGCGGUCAUGUGAUAGUUACUGGGGGGGGGCUUGUGGAAAACAAGAGUGCGCGGUCGUUGCUGAAGGCGCACAACUUUGUCAUCGAGCUUCGGCGCGAUAUAGAGGACCUCGCAACUUCUUCAGAUGUGAACGGCAAGCGACCGAGUUUGGAGGAAGAGCUGCGCGCCGUCUACGCCAAGAGGAAGAAAUGGUACUCGAACUGCCGCACUUUUCUCUUUCCCAUUCGACGAGGAGAAGAAGAGUGGGACGAGGUAAGAAGCGAGCUCGUCUCAUUUUGCCGCCGCGUCGCAAAUGAUUAUGUGAAGCCGCCUAAACCUGCAACUGCAAGCUUCUUUGUAUGCUGUACCUUUUCGAAUCCAAGUGCUUCGGGGGAAGAGCUUAGAGAAAUCUGCGUGGGAGCCGAUUAUAUAGAGCUGCGUGUGGACCUCUUGGAGGAUCCCACAGAAGACUUUAUUUGCCAGCAAGUAGCUCACAUUCGGCGUUGCUGUGGGAUCCCCAUCAUUUUCACGGUGCGCAGUCGACGUCAAGGCGGCAUAUUUUCUGGAAGCGAGGAAGAGCAGCUCGCACUUCUUCUGCUAGGCGCUGAGCUUGGCUGCGAGUACAUUGACGUGGAGGUUACGCUCUCCGACGCCUCCAUUGUCCGAAUCAUCACAGAAAAGAAGGCCUCGUUUAUAAUGCUAUCUUAUCAUGCACCAGAAUUCAGCGAGACAUUUGGUUGGAGCGCACUCCAAACUAAAUUCAGUUUAUAUCAUGAGAAGUGGCAAGUGGAUGUCUUCAAAGUGGUUAUUCAGGCAGAGAGCAUGGAAGACGUUUUCCAACUGCGCCAACUUGCAACCCUCUGUCAACAAAGUGUUCCCGUUACCUUAGUUGCUGGCGGAGAAAAGGGGACCCUUUCGCGCGUCCUCAACACCUUUAUGAAUCCCGUCACCCACCCGCUGCUCCCGUUUCCCGCCUUUCCGGGUCAGCUAACGAUCAAGCAGAUUAACACGAUUCGCUCCUCUAUUGGGCUGCUCAAUAGAAAAGAGUAUUGUCUCUACGGUAAACCAGUAGCUUUGUCUCUCUCGCCUCUGAUACACAACUCCAUUUUUGAAGAGUUGGGUGGGUUACCGCAUUCGUAUACCAUCCACGAAACGGACAAUGUUGACGCGGUUGCUGAAGAGCUCAAGCACCAGCCUACUACCAUCUGGGGUUGCUCCAUUACCAUCCCAUUAAAGGAAAAGGCUGUGCAAAUAGUGGAUAAACUGACACCCGAAGCGUCCGAAAUUGGUGCUAUUAACACGAUUAUUAGGGAGGAAAGUGGGCAUCUUAUCGGAGACAACACUGACUGGCUGGGAAUCGUUCGUUGUCUGAAACGCGCCGCUAAAAAAUGCAAACUGAAGAUAUUAAACAACAAAAAUACGGCACUUGUUGUAGGCGCUGGUGGAACAGCGAAAGCCGCAGUUUAUGCGCUGAAGAAGCUAAAAUUUACGACUAUUUAUGUCUAUAAUCGAACGAAAGUCAGUGCGCAUUCCCUUGCCAGACGUUUUAACGUGUUUGCCUGUGACAGUCUCAGCGAAGUCGAGUUAAUGACUUUUGACGUGGUUAUAUCAACGCUGCCCAACCACGCGGAAGUAAACCUACCGGAAAAAAUAAUCUUGUGCAAACCAGUUUUUUUCCAGGUGUCCUACAAAGCAACGAAUCUGGAAUUUUUGCGAAAAUUGUUUGAGGGAGGAUGCAAACUUAUUGGCGGCGAAGAAUUGCUCAUCUAUCAGGGGCUUGAGCAGAGCAAGAGAUGGACGGGCACACAAGUUUUGCCGGAAAGAACCAUUAGAGCUAAGCUACACGAGCGUUGUGGGAGUCUAUACAUAACAAAUUUUUUUUAAUAAAAGCUACUA